AUGGCCUGGGGGAACUCUCACUUAGUGCUGGUACUUCUGUUCCUGGCCUCAGAAGCUCAAUACUUCCUCUGGGACAACCCAGUGGCCGGCUUCUUCAUUGUCAUCAUAACUAAUGUCAAGAAGAAGAACACAGGUCUCUACUGGUGUGGCACUAAUGUGAAGAGCUCUAUCCAGAUCUCCAGAAAAAUCAGACUGGAGGUGGUGUCAUCUCCAGGUCUUGACCAGGACCAUGAGAAUAAUGGCACCACUGCCCCUAACCUUGCGUCAGACCUCAGGGCUAAGGGCACUGCUAGCUGA